CAGAGACACCGCCUCCCCUCCCUCCUCCUCUCCAUCCUCUGCACAAGCACCAAGUGAAACUGCUGAUUGUCGGUCAUCUGUGUGUGUGUGUGUGAUCUUCUCUCUGACCCUCCAGCAUGUAGUCACCUGAGUGCCGACAGCAGAGCUCCAUCCAUGGCUUCUCUCUGAGCAACGACUCCUUCACCCUCCAGUCCGACAGUAACACAGACGCCCUUCAUCAUGCUGCAGAUCGGGGAUGAGGUGGUGUAUUUCUCGGCGGUGUUCCUGCUGACGCUGUUGGGGACGAGGAGCCCCACGGGUGCCUCUCUCCUCACCGCAUUUCUCUACGUCUUCAUGGUGAUGUUCCGGUUUCCUCCGGUGCCGGCGGAGCAGGCCGGCCGCGUCCUCCGGCCCAGGGCUCCAUCAGGCGGCGUGCCGGUGGUGGCGCACCGCGGAGGCAGCCAAGAUGCUCCGGAGAACACCUUGGCUGCGAUCAGAGAGGCCAGUAGGAACGGAGCAACUGGAGUGGAGCUGGACCUGAGUUUCACAGCCGAUGAAGUGCCCGUACUGAUGCACGAUGAGACUGUGGACCGCACCACCAACGGCUCUGGACCAGUCAGCAAACUGCCGUUGGUCCAGCUUAAGAGACUUGAUGCUGCCGCUCGUCACAGACUGAAGGACAAGUUUAGUAUCGAGAAGGUCCCGACUCUGCAGGAGGCAGUGGAGGAAUGCAUCAGACACCAGCUGACCAUCUUCUUUGAUGUCAAAGAUCAACCUGAUAAGGCUGCAACAGUGCUUCAUCAGAUGUAUAAGAAGUUCCCUGUCCUUUACAACUCCAGCAUUGUCUCUUCCUUUGAACCCAAAGUCAUCUACAAGAUGCGUCAGACUGACCCCAACGUAGUCACAGCUCUCAUCCACCGCCCCUGGAGACUGAGUCGCUUCGGCGAUGGCACACCUCGGUCCUUGUCGACAUCGGGUCAGCUGUGGCUGGGGCUCCUGGACGUCUUGUUGGACUGGGCCCACCAUCACAUACUGUGGAAACUCUGUGGUGUCUCUGCCAUCCUGGUGCAGAAAGACUUCAUCUCACUGGACUACGUUCAGUACUGGGCAGAGCGAGGUGUGGAGGUGGUGGGCUGGACUGUUAACACCGCUGUGGAGAAAGACUUCUACCAAAACCUGCUGAAGAUUGGCUACAUCACAGACAGUCUGCUGGAAGACUGUGAUCCUCAUUACUGAGUGAUCACACACACACUUGAAUACAAACACAUAGAUAGAUACAUACAGGAAGGAUUAAAACCUCAAGUGUUUUCAGCUCAAAGAUACAAUUUUACAGCUUCUUACUUAACAAUUAGAAGCUGGGAACUCCGUGUUUACACAAACGACUACAUGAUUACUACGUUUCCCAGUUUCCUGUCCUCUCAAAGACGUUAAAAUAUUGAUAUAUGAACAUAAGAUUAAUUAUAAGGUGGAAUAAAGUUAGAAAUGUGGUGCUAACUAGCUCUGUAGUGGCAAUUUAACAACCAAGCUUUAUAGAAAUACCUAUAUGAUUUACUGUAGAGGUAAGAACAUCAUUGCCUGUAGCUGGCAUACAGGUAACUUCCCUUUAAAUCUACAGACUCAUUAAACCAUGAAGACUCAGCUGUAUACUUCCUUAUCUUUAUCCUACUACCAGCAGCAAUACCUCCAACUCUCCUGGACCAGGGAUUAGGAUUAGGCUACUUUAAAGAUCUUUUCUACCUUCUGUGCUGAUCUGUCAGAAGCUUUAAAGAGACAUCAGUGUAUAUGGUUAGACAUAUUGGCAUCAUGUCAAUGCCUGCUGUCAUGGUCAUGAUAUUUAUUUAAUAACAGACUCUAGACUCAAUUUCUACAAGUUGACAAGAUGAUGCUUGAUUGUACGAUUGUUCAGAAACUUGCCACCUGUCGUCAAGUGCCACAGCAGCACCAAUACACAGGAAACUUUGUAUUAAAGUAAUAUCUGAAGGACUUCACUGCUGAGGGGAGGUAAAUCUGAGCCCUGACACACAUAUGGUAGGUAUAAACGCCAAAUUAUUGGUAUGAUUUAACUCCUUUAAGACAUUCUGAAUCACCAGAGAAGGAAAACUCCAAAUUCCCAUCCCAUCGGCCCAAGAAAUGUUUGACUAGAUAUCAUAACACCUGGAAUUUGUUCAUUCAAAUUUACAGAAAAUGUAAUUGAGAGGUUUAUUUCCUCACAUAAUGGUCGAAUGCUGCUUUGAAGAAUUCUCCAUCAAACUAGGAAUAUAACUAUUCAUUCUCUUUAUUUUAUUUUCAUUUAACUUAAUUGUUUCGGUUGAAAAUAGUCACUUUAAAAUAUUGAUUGUAAAGAGUAUCAGAAUCAGCCUUUUAAUUUUAGGUUUUUAAGGAGUUCUUGUAGACAAAAGGUCAACAACCACAUCUCGGUCACUUAUUACCAACAACGCUCGAUGUUGUCUUUCAUUUCCUGUUGGGUUAAGAGUGUCAUAUACAUUAGAGAUAAGUCAUCAUCAUAGGGUCAGACAUCGAAGCAUCUUAUGUUCUUGUUUAGGCUGAAAUAAAUCUUAAGAAUCUAAGUCCAGUUGGCAAAACUGAUGGAAGUUA